UAUCCACUUUGUGUUACUGUUUUGCCCUUCUCUUCUUCUUCUGCUUCUUCAUCUUCAUCUUCUUCUUCUUGUUUUCUAUAUUCAGUUGACACUAACUGCCAUUAUUGAACAUGUUUUUGCUUUUUAAGCACUCACAUUGAUGCUUACUCAUCAUACCUUUUUUUUUUGCCUUCAUAUAUACUCCCAUUCAUUCUCUUCUUUCAUUGUCCCUUUGAGAUCUUCAACUUUUGUUCCUCUCAAACCAUGUAAUACUGUCUUUCAUUCUCAUCUUUCAUUGUCCCUUUGAGAUUUUCCAACUUUUCUUCCUCUCAAACCAUGUAAUGCUGCUUUCUUUACAUGUUUUUUCAUUCUCAUCUUUUAUUGUCCCUUUGAGAUCUUCAACUUUUCUUCCUCUCAAACCAUGUAAAGCUGCUUUCUUGACAUGUUUUUCUGUUCAUUUUUUCUCAUAUAUUUGAUUGAUUUUUAUGUAUCACAGCAUUGUUUAUAGUUUACUUGAAUAAUAUCAGAGCAUUACAGUAGUGUCUAGAUCAUGUAGUCUCUGUUUUUUGGUAUCAAAUCUGGAACUGCAUAUAGAGUUUUUUUAGAUUGAAUGAACAUGAAUUUGGAGGAAACAUUUGUUCCUUUUCGUGGUAUCAAAAAUGAUCUUGAAGGAAGAUUGAGAUGUUAUAAGCAGGAUUGGUCUGGUGGUUUCCGAGCAGGAAUCAGGAUUUUGGCUCCCACCACAUACAUUUUCUUCGCAUCGGCAAUUCCGGUGAUUUCCUUUGGAGAACAAUUGGAGAGAGAUACAGAUGGAGUUCUUACUGCUGUUCAAACAUUGGCAUCCACUGCAAUUUGUGGGAUCAUACAUUCACUUGUUGGUGGUCAACCUUUACUGAUUCUUGGAGUUGCCGAACCGACGGUGCUUAUGUAUACAUUUCUGUUUAAUUUUGUGAAAGAUAGAGCUGAUUUGGGUCCAAAGUUGUUCUUGGCAUGGACUGGAUGGGUGUGUGUUUGGACUGCAUUUUUGCUGUUUUUACUGGCAAUUCUUGGAGCAUGUUCUCUUAUCAAUAGAUUUACUCGUGUUGCUGGAGAGUUGUUUGGUCUUCUGAUUGCAAUGUUAUUCAUGCAGCAAGCUAUAAAAGGACUAGUUGAUGAAUUUCGUAUUCCCGAAAGAGAAAAUCCAAAGGCAUUACAGUUUAUUCCAUCUUGGAGGUUUUCUAAUGGAAUGUUUGCACUUGUUCUGUCAUUUGGUCUUCUACUGACUGGACUAAAAAGCCGUAAAGCUCGAUCGUGGCGAUAUGGAACUGGUUGUCUUCGUGGUUUUAUUGCGGAUUAUGGAGUGCCAUUGAUGAUUCUUGUAUGGACUGGUGUUUCAUACAUGCCCGGCAAUAGUGUGCCAAAGGGGAUCCCUCGCCGUCUUUUCAGCCCGAAUCCUUGGUCUCCGGGUGCAUACAAAAACUGGACAGUAAUCAAGGAAAUGUUAAAUGUGCCAUUUCUCUACAUAAUCGGAGCUUUUAUUCCGGCGACAAUGAUAGCUGUCCUGUAUUACUUUGAUCACAGUGUUGCAUCUCAGCUUGCUCAGCAGAAAGAGUUCAAUUUGAGGAAGCCUCCUUCAUUUCAUUAUGAUCUACUUAUUUUAGGAUUCUUGACAUUGUUAUGUGGUCUGAUUGGAAUUCCCCCGGCAAAUGGUGUCAUACCUCAAUCUCCAAUGCACACAAAAAGCUUGGCCACCUUAAAGCAUCAGCUUCUCCGUAACCGUUUAGUGGCUACAGCGCGCAAAAGCAUGAAUCAGAAUUCAAGUUUAGGACAACUAUAUGGUAAUAUGCAAGAAGCAUAUCAGCAAAUACAGACUCCACUCAUAUACCAACAGCCAGCUGCUCGAGGAUUGAAUCAACUGAAAGAUUCAACCAUUCAAUUGGCGUCAAGCAUGGGGAGUAUCGACGCACCUGUGGAUGAAUCAGUGUUUGAUAUUGAGAAGGAAAUUGAUGAUCUUUUGCCUGUGGAGGUCAAGGAACAACGCUUAAGCAACUUCUUGCAAGCCUUGAUGGUAGGAGGAUGUGUUGCAGCAAUGCCGGUCCUUAAGAUGAUUCCAACAUCUGUUCUAUGGGGCUACUUUGCGUUCAUGGCUAUCGAAAGCCUGCCUGGCAACCAAUUCUGGGAAAGAAUCCUACUGCUUUUCACCGCACCAAGUCGACGAUACAAAGUGCUGGAGGAGUAUCAUGCAACAUUUGUUGAGACAGUGCCUUUCAAGACAAUCACUGCAUUUACUGUUUUCCAGACUGCUUAUUUACUGUUUUGCUUUGGAAUGACAUGGAUUCCGCUGGCCGGAGUUCUUUUCCCUCUGAUGAUCAUGCUGUUGGUUCCUGUUAGACAGUAUGUUCUUCCCAAGCUUUUCAAAGGAGCACAUCUCACAGAUUUGGAUGCGGCUGAAUACGAAGAAUCUCCGGCUCUGCCAUUCCAUCUGACCACUGAGAUUGACAUGGCAUUGAGUAGUCGUUCAUUUGCCGGCAGUGGUGAGAUAUUGGAUGAAAUUGUAACUAGAGGCAGAGGCGAGAUCCGAAGAAUGAAUAGCUCUAAAGUAACUAGUUCAACAGCGACACCAAUAGGUCUUAACAGUCCCCGGUUUUCUGAUAAAGCAUAUAGUCCUCGUGUUAGUGAGCUGAGACGUGAACAAAGUCCUCGGCUCAGUGGAAAGGAAGGUAUCAGUCCUAGGCCUUCAAAAUUGGGAGAGAGUUCUCAUGCUUCAACUUCUUCAAAGUAGCAUUGCAGAUAUGAACUUUGAACUUUGGACUUUGAUUGCUAACAUAUUCAUAGUCAGCUGUGUCUUUUGUAAAAUUUCAAUCCAUUAUCUGUCAAUCUGUUCUCCUUAUUUCAAUCCAAAGGAGACUGUAAUUCAUAAACAUCACACUAAUAAAAGAGGAAUAUCUCUGAUUGAUUUGAAUUU